AUGGACGGUAUUAUUAAUCCAGAAUAUCGUAAUGGUGAUAAAGGAAAAGUAUUACCCCAGGGAUUAGCAGGUAUAGAUAAGAAUGUAGAGCAUUGGGCGCCUCCAGAUAGUUGGGCAGUACAACCAGCUACAGCAGAUGAUGGAGUUGAUAAUCAUGUUGAAACACCUUCUAUUGCUCCUAAUAAUAGAAAUGAACAAACAGAUUAUUUUCCUGUUGUUGAACAUGAAAAUUGGAAUAUACCCAGUAAAAAUUAUUGCAUUCGUAUUUUUCGUCCAGAUGGUACAUUUGGUACUUUAAUUGUACCUUUAAAUGCUACUACAAAUGAUCUUAUACAAAAACUGGCAGGAAAGUUCUUUUUGCAUGACUUGAGUAAAUAUAAACUCAGUUUAAUUUUGCAUAACAAUGAGCGAAUACUUCAAUUGAAUGAACACCCAAUUCAGAUUCAAAAGACUUUACUUGAACAAAUGGGUUAUACGGAAGAGGAUAAAAUAGAAGAUGUAGGUAGAGAAGAUAAUUCUUAUUUUUAUCGUUUUGCAUUUGGACCUAGCGUUACACAAGCAUUACAAGAAGAAGAUGAAUUUGGCACUUACAGGCGUGUAGAUCUUCAAGCCAGGAAUCUAACAACGAUUCCUAUCUUUUUAUAUAAAUAUGCUGCUCGUAUCGCAUCACUUGAUUUAUCCAAAAAUUUAAUGAUGGAGAUACCCGUGGAUUUCUUGCAGAUGUGUAAAAAUUUAAAGCAGCUUUGGCUUACAGCAAAUGAUUAUCAUGUAUUACCAAUGUCAAUUCAUUGUAUUCCAAAUCUUGAACAUUUAAAUAUAUCGAGUAAUCAUAUUCGUGAUUUACAACCAGCUCAUUUAGAGGACCUUACUACUUUACGUACUUUACGUGCUUAUAAUAAUCGACUUGAAUCUUUACCAACUUCUUUUGCAACUUUUAAACAUUUAACUAUCCUAUUUAUUUCCAACAAUUCUUUUACAAAGUUUCCAAAAAUAAUUUGUGAAAUAUCAAGUUUGGCUUAUCUCGAUAUCAGUUUCAAUAAAAUCACUUCAUUUCCGGACGAAAUUUGUAAAUUAACUCAAUUAGUAGGUUUGUUUGCUACUGCAAAUCGUUUAACAGGUCGUUUACCUUCUGGCUUCUCAAAAUUGGAUAAAUUGCAAGAAUUGGAUUUAAGACAGAAUCAAAUAACUGAUCUUGAUGAAUUAUAUAUGUUACCUAAACUGGAAAUCAUCUCUAUCGAUUACAAUGCUAUUACAGUCGUCAAUUAUAAUUUUCAGAAUUUACGUCAACUAAAGAUGUUACCAGCUCAAUUAUAUAAUCCAGAUAAUACACUAAAACCUAAGCGUUGCUCUUUGACUGAUCUCAACCUUGCCAAUUGUAAAUUAAGUUCGUUAUCGAAUGAUCUCUUUGUAAACACUGUAUGUCUCGAAAAUUUAAUUUUGGAUAAUAAUACACUUAGUGCUUUACCCAGUAGUAUAGGCUCUUUAAAGAAACUUGUGCGUCUUUCUGUACAAGGGAAUAAUCUUGAAUCAUUACCUCCUCAAAUAUCUCAACUCACUGAACUUAAAGUGUUGGAUGUUCAAAAGAAUAAUUUAAAAUCAUUGCCUCGAGAGAUUUGGCUUUGUAUGUCAUUACAAACUUUAAAUUGUUCUUCCAAUUUGCUAGAGAGCUUCCCUGAACCUUAUUCAAUGCCUAGUACAAGCACAAGUUCUACUUCAAGUAAUUCAUCAAACAAAUCAAUGUUAUCACAAACAACUAACGUGGAUCAUCCCUUUUUCACUACUGAAAACAUUACAUCCAUUCCACCUACACCUCCCAUACAGACAGCACAUCCUAAAGAUACACCUUAUACGGAGGCGAAUGAGGUCCCUGCAAAUCUCCUUUCUAGUGGUUUUCGACCUCCCCCAAAUUUUAACCCUCCCUCAUUUUUUACUAGUCCACGAAAUCAUCCUCCACCUUUAUCCCUUUCAUUACGAUAUUUAUUUCUUGGUGAUAAUCGAUUUACAGAUGAUGUUUGGUCUCCUUUAUCUUUGUUCCUUGAGUUACGUACUUUAAACUUAUGCUUUAAUGAUUUGUAUGAAAUCCCUCCAGAGGGUCUUUGCCAUCAACAUUUGUACGAGCUUUAUUUAUCCGGUAAUCAUCUUGCUUCACUUCCUGCAGAUGAUAUCGAAAAAUUAAGUUAUUUACGUAUUUUGGCUGUGAAUGGCAAUAAACUACAAACAUUGCCUGCUGAAAUUGGUAAAUUGAGAAAGUUGUUAGUAUUAGAUGUUGGUAACAAUGUAUUGAAAUAUAACAUUUCAAACUGGCCGUAUGAUUGGAAUUGGAAUUGGAAUCUAGGAUUGAAAUACCUCAAUCUUUCGGGAAAUAAACGGUUAGAAAUUAAAAAAACGCAUCCAGAAAUUCAUAAUCCCAAAGAAAAGAACUUGUCUGACUUUAGUGCUUUGGUCAGAUUGCGUAUGUUGGGUUUAAUGGAUAUAACUAUAUUAGGUGUAUCAACACCUGAAGAAUACCAUGACCGACGUGUACGUACAUCACCUUCUGAAGUAAAUGGUAUGUCAUAUGGUGUUGCUGAUUGGCUGGGACCAAGUGAUCACCUCGCAACCUGGGACCUUGUCAUGCCACGUUUUAGAAAUCGCGAUGAUGAAUGUUUAUUUGGCCUUUUUGAUGGCCUUAAGCAUAGCAAAUCAGGAUGUCGUCUUACACGGUUUUUAAAUGAUAACCUCACAUAUCACUUUAUGAAUGAGCUAGAAAAGACAAAGAAUGAUGAUACUAUUGUUUCUGCUCUGCGACGUACCUUUUUGGCACUUGAAAAGGAAUUUGGCUCGACAGAUACAAUAGAUAAAGAUUUAGGUGCAUCUGCUUUAUUAUGCUAUAUCUCAGGUACAAAACUCUAUGUGGCAAAUGUGGGUGAUGCUCUUGCUGUCUUAUCACGUAAUAAUGGUCAAGCCUACGAGAUUACACAAAAACAUAUUCCCUUAAAUCCUAGUGAAAUUUCACGUAUACGUGCAGCAGGUGGCUAUGUUUCGAAUGCUGGACUUUUAAAUGAUGAAUUAAGUGUAUCACGUAGCUUCGGUUACUAUCAUCUUAUCCCUGUUGUUAACGCGAACCCUUAUAUUUCAACUAUUAGCCUAGCAGAAAAUGAUGAGUUUGUCAUCAUGGCUUCACGAGGUCUUUGGGAUCGUAUCUCUUACCAAACUGCAGUAGAUAUUGCACGUACUGAAAAGGACGACUUAAUGGCAGCGGCACAAAAACUUCGUGAUUUUGCAUUAACUUAUGGUGCUGAUGAUAAUAUCAUGGUUAUGAUUAUUGGUGUAGGUGAUCUAUUUGAUAAGCGUGAUAAACGAUUCCGUAACUUACGUGGCAUGAACUUGGGUGUAGCAAGCCGAUCAGGAAGUGUAGAUCCUGUCUUGAUGAUGGAUGAUACAAUUGGUACACCAGGGAUGAUGGCCAAAAAUAAACGUCGUAUUAAGGAUGAAUCGCCAAGUGAUUCAACUUUAGCUCGUCUGGAUCGUGAAGUCCCACCACCUACAAAUCAAGUUGCACUUGUAUUUACAGAUAUUAAGAGUUCAACCCUAUUAUGGGAUACUCAACCUGAGGAUAUGCGAUCGGCUAUCAAGAUUCAUGAUGCCGUUAUGCGUCGCACAUUAAGAAGUAUUGGUGGUUAUGAAGUGAAGACAGAAGGUGAUGCCUUUAUGGUAUGUUUCCAAGAUACAAUUGCUGCACUUCUCUGGUGUUUCACAGUUCAGCUCCAGUUAUUAGAACAAGAUUGGCCAGCUGGUAUUCUUGAAACAGAAGAAGGACGUGAGAUUCGAAAAGAUAGUCAAGUCAUCUAUCGUGGUCUUUCGGUACGUAUGGGUAUUCAUCUUGGCACACCUGUCUAUGAAAGGAAUCCAAUCACAAAACGUAUGGAUUAUUUUGGCCCUGUCGUCAAUAAGGCAAGUCGUAUCUGUAACGCAGCAGAUGGAGGACAAAUCUGUGUUUCUUCUGAUGUCAUUACAGCCCUCCGUGAGAUGCCAGGUGUCUUUGGUGAUGACAAAACAAGCUCAGCCGAAGCUGAUUCUAAUACUUCACAUUCGCUCAGUAGAGAUAUCCAACAAAUUAAACGUCUAGGCUUUCAUGUUGUAGAAUUGGGAGAGAGACGAUUGAAAGGGCUUGAAACACCUGAGAUGCUUUCACUUAUUUUCCCUAAACAACUAGCAGGAAGAAUGGAAAUGGAAAAAAAUGAGGUGAUAGCACCAUCCCCAUCUAUUCUCACGUCAACUACACCUCAAGCAGAGCAAACAUCAGAGCAGUCGUCUAUGUAUGCUCCUACUAUUGACGGAGGAGGAGAAGGAGGAAGAGGAGAAGGAGGAAGAGGAGAAGGAGGAAGAGGAGAAGGAGGAAGAGAUGAAACGUCCACGACAAACAAUUCACCUCAACUAAUUGCACAACGUAGAGAUAAUGAUGUGGAAUUAUUUCAACCUCUAACAAGACGUAGUUUAAAUAUAAAUCGACAGAUAGAUCCUGCAUUUGUUAUAUCAUUAAAUAAUAUAGCUGUUCGUUUAGAAUCACUUACGACAAACACUGCAUUAAAUAAUACCGAAAAUAAUAAUUUAUAUCCACGUAUGAGUAUACAGCAUACCUUAAUGAAUAUAACAAAUGGUAGUAAUAAGUUAGCUACAAAUUAUUCACAAGCACUUAACAAGUAUAUGCAAGAAGCAGCUUCUGAUGAAGAACUAUUUACAUUGAUGGAAAAUUUUGUUACUCGAAUAGAGAACGCUGCAUCUGCUCUUUAUUUAAAGAAAUUGGGUAACUUUACAAGUGUUUUAGAGAAAUUAGGCGAAGCUAUUGAGCUUGAUCCAUCACAUAUAUUAAGAGCACUUCAAAUUUAUGCUGAAGUCAAUAACCUGUCAAAUAAUUAA